AUGAAACGUCACAGCGACAUCUCGCAGGCUGCUUUAACUGAACCAACUGUCGAAAACAAAAGACCACGUUACGCUCCAUCAGGUUAUGGUGAUGUGUAUACUCAAUAUGGUAUGAUGGCUCAAAUCGCUCAAGGUAGUUCAUUUUCUCAGCCUACACCUCAGUCGCAAUACGCCAUCAUGUCUCAAUACGCUCAAGGUAGUCCGUUUGGACAGCCUCCUCUACCUGAAAACAGCUAUGGUCAUCCCCUGUAUAGUAUGUACGGUGCUAGUCACCCUGCAACUGCUAGCAUCAUGGCUGGCGAAGCAACACGUACCAUCUACCUUGGUAAUGUCACUGAAGAUAUGAAACUUCAGGAUAUUUUUAACUAUGUCCGACAUGGUGUUGUUGAAUCCUUCCGUACCUGUUAUGAAAAAAAUUGUGCUUUUUUAGCCUUUGUUGAACCCGGCCAAGCACAAAAAUUCUUUCAAGAAUACUUGACCAAGAAGAUCACUGUAAACAAUAUGAAUAUCAAAUUAGGCUGGGGUAAACCAACCACCAUCCCAAUCACGCUUAAAAUACAAAUUCAAGGUGGUGCCACACGAUGUGUUUACCUCGGUCGUAUCAAUGAUACACAUACAGAAGAAUUCAUUCGUGAGGCUGCUUCCCAAUAUGGACCCUUGGAACAAGUCAAGAUCCUUGCUGAAAAAAAUAUCGCCUUUGUACACUUCUUGAGUAUCAUGGCAGCUACUAAAUGUGUGGGCGCACUAUCAAAAGAACCUGGAUGGGAAGGUGUCAAAGUCAAUUACGGUAAAGAUCGUUGCGCCAAUUAUUUUGAUUACAGCAAUCCUUAUGGUUUCCAAAGUUUGCAACAAACGCAACAACAGCAACAACAGCAACACUUGGCUUAUGAUUCUUUUUACCCUUACAUUCCCCAGGAACCCAUCGCUGGUCCUGUCAUCGGUGCAGACACCGCUUCCCGCCGUACCUUGUACUUGGGCAAUAUCCAUCCUGAUGCCAAAACAGAAGAUUUAUGCAACAUUAUUCGAGGUGGCAAUUUAGUAAAGAUGAAGUUUAUACAGGAUAAACAUAUAGCCUUUGUCACCUUUAUGGACGCUAUGACAGCUAUGUCUGUAUACAACUAUGCACGAGACACAGGUCUCGUCAUCCGUGGUCGCAAGUUACGUGUUGGCUUUGGUAAACCUUCCAGUAUCUCCACUCACGUUGCUCGUGCAAUCCAACAAGGCGCUACACGUAAUGUUUACAUCGGUAACAUCCCUAAUUCUCUUACCGUCGAAAAGUUGAAGGAGGAUUUCAGUUCGUUUGGUGAAAUAGAAUUAGUCAACGCUUUCAUGGAAAAAAGAUGCGCCUUUGUCAACUUUGUAUGUAUCGAAAAUGCUGUCUUGGCUAUCCAUACCAUGCGUUCAAAUCCAGAUUAUUCAGGCUACACUUUGAAUUAUGGUAAGGACCGUUGUGGAAACCCAUAUAAGCCUUCCUCUGCACGUAAACCUGUGGCCGAUGCUCCUCCUCAUGACACUUCCCAUCCCGCUCACAACACUACUGACGCUACUGCUACUACCGCUGCUGCUACUGCAAAUGGAGAUGUUACUGCUGCUGAUGCUGAUGCCGUCGAAGCCAAAACUCAAAAUAAAAAGCACGCCGACGAACAUGAAGAUGGUGCAAUCGCCACUGAAAAACCUACGUCCAUUGUUGAUGAUAUCCCCGAGCCUCCUCCUCCAUCUGCUGCCUUCACUGUUUAA